AUGGACCUCAAAACUGGACGGGAAUUUGAUGUCCCCAUUGGAGCGGUGGUUAAGCUGUGUGAUUCGGGACAGAUCCAGGUUGUGGAUGAUGAAGGCAAUGAGCACUGGAUUUCACCACAGAACGCCAGCCACAUCAAGCCCAUGCACCCCACCUCCAUCCAUGGAGUGGAGGACAUGAUCCGCCUGGGGGACCUGAACGAGGCAGGAAUCCUCAGGAACCUGCUGAUCCGCUAUCGGGAGCACCUCAUCUAUACAUACACUGGUUCAAUACUGGUGGCAGUAAACCCCUACCAGCUCCUACCCAUCUACUCACCCGAGCAGAUACGCCUGUACACCAACAAAAAGAUUGGUGAGAUGCCACCACACAUCUUCGCAAUUGCUGACAACUGCUACUUCAACAUGCAGCGCAACAACAAAGACCAGUGCUGUAUCAUAAGCGGUGAAUCUGGAGCAGGGAAGACAGAAAGCACAAAACUGAUUCUGCAGUUCCUGGCGGCGAUCAGCGGCCAGCACUCCUGGAUUGAGCAACAGGUCCUGGAGGCAAAUCCCAUUUUAGAAGCUUUCGGGAAUGCAAAGACCAUCCGUAAUGACAACUCCAGCCGAUUUGGGAAGUACAUCGACAUCCACUUCAAUAAAAGGGGAGCCAUUGAGGGGGCAAAGAUUGAGCAGUACCUGCUGGAGAAGUCCCGGGUCUGCAGGCAGGCCCAGGACGAGAGGAAUUACCAUGUGUUUUACUGCAUGCUGAGAGGAAUGACGCUGGAGCAGAAGAAGAAGCUGGGUCUUGGCAAAGCCACGGACUACAACUACCUUGCGAUGGGUAACUGCACAACCUGCGAUGGCAGAGAUGAUAGCAAGGAGUACGCCAACAUCCGCUCUGCAAUGAAGGUCCUAAUGUUCACCGACACGGAGAACUGGGAGAUCUCCAAGCUGCUGGCUGCCAUCCUGCACAUGGGGAACCUGCAGUACGAAGCUCGGACCUAUGACAACCUGGAUGCCUGCGAGGUUGUUCAGUCAGCGUCACUAAUCACUGCAGCAUCGUUGCUGGAGGUUGAGCCUCAGGACGUGAUGAACUGCCUUACCAGCCGGACUAUAAUCACCAGGGGCGAGACUGUCUCCACCCCUCUCAGCAUGGAACAAGCGCUGGAUGUGAGGGAUGCUUUUGUAAAGGGAAUUUACGGGCGGCUUUUCGUGUGGAUCGUGGAGAAGAUCAACGCUGCAAUUUACAGACCUCCUUCCCAGGAACUCAAAAGUAUCAGGAGAUCCAUUGGCCUCCUUGACAUCUUUGGCUUUGAGAACUUCACUGUGAACAGUUUUGAGCAGCUUUGCAUUAACUUUGCAAAUGAAAACCUGCAGCAGUUCUUCGUGCGCCAUGUCUUCAAACUAGAGCAGGAGGAGUACAACCUGGAGAACAUCAACUGGCAGCACAUUGAGUUCACUGAUAACCAGGAUGCCUUGGACAUGAUUGCCAUCAAGCCCAUGAACAUCAUCUCCCUCAUUGAUGAGGAGAGCAAGUUCCCCAAGGGUACAGAUGCCACCAUGUUACACAAGCUGAACUCCCAGCACAAGCUUAACACCAACUACAUUCCUCCGAAGAAUAACUAUGAAACACAGUUUGGCAUUAACCACUUUGCUGGAAUCGUUUACUAUGAAACAAAAGGUUUCUUGGAGAAAAACAGGGACACGCUGCAUGGAGACAUCAUUCAGCUGGUGCAUUCCUCAAAAAACAAAUUCAUCAAGCAGAUCUUCCAAGCAGACGUGGCGAUGGGAGCAGAGACGAGGAAGCGCUCACCGACGCUCAGCAGCCAGUUCAAGCGGUCCCUGGAGCUGUUGAUGAGGACUCUCAGCGUGUGCCAGCCCUUUUUUGUCCGCUGCAUCAAGCCCAAUGAGUACAAGAAGCCCAUGCUGUUUGACCGGGAGCUGUGCGUCCGUCAGCUGAGGUACUCAGGGAUGAUGGAGACCAUCCGGAUCCGCCGAGCCGGCUACCCCAUCCGCUACACGUUUGUGGAGUUCGUGGACCGGUACCGGGUGCUCAUGCCAGGGGUGAAGCCAGCAUACAAGCAGGGUGACCUGCGUGGGACAUGCCAGCGCAUUGCUGAAGCAGUGCUCGGGAAGGAUGAUGACUGGCAGAUCGGCAAGACAAAGAUAUUCCUGAAAGACCACCACGACAUGCUGCUGGAGAUCGAGAGAGACAAGGCCAUCACAGACAAAGUCAUCCUCAUCCAGAAGGUGGUCCGUGGGUUUAAAGACAGGUCCAAUUUCCUGAAAGUGAGAAAUUCAGUCCUGAUGAUUCAGAGGUACUGGCGUGGACAUAACUGCAGGAAGAACUACGGUGCUAUGCGGAUCGGCUUCCUGAGACUGCAGGCCCUCUACCGAUCCCGCAAGCUCCACAAGCAGUACCACAUGGCUCGCCGGCGGAUCAUCGAGUUUCAGGCACGAUGCCGGGGCUACCUGGUCCGUAGGGCUUUCCGCCACCGCCUCUGGGCUGUCCUCACCGUCCAGGCAUACGCCCGGGGCAUGAUCGCCCGAAGGCUGUAUAAGCGCCUCCGGGGAGAAUACCACCGACGCCUGGAAGCAGAGAAACUUCGGCUGGCGGAAGAGGAACGACUCCGAAAGGAGAUGAGUGCCAAGAAAGCUAAAGAGGAAGCAGAAAAGAAGCACCAAGUACGCCUGGCCCAGCUGGCACGGGAAGAUGCAGAGAGAGAAGUAAAGGAGAAGGAGGAAGCACGUCGGAAGAAAGAGCUCUUAGAAAAAAUGGAGAAAGCUCGCAACGAGCCCGUGAACGACUCAGAAAUGGUGGACAAAAUGUUCGGAUUUCUGGGGACAACCUCCUCCUUGCCUGGCCAGGAAGGACAGGCACCCAAUGGCUUUGAGGAUCUUGAGCAAGCCCAGAAGGAGCUGGAGGAAGAGGACCUGGAUGCAGCAUUGCCUCUCCCUGAGGAAGAGGAGGAAGAUCUCUCAGAGUACAAAUUUGCCAAGUUUGCCGCCACGUAUUUCCAGGGCACGACGACACACACCUACAUCCGCCGACCUCUCAAGCAGCCUCUCUUGUACCACGAAGAUGAAGGAGACCAGUUGGCAGCACUUGCUGUAUGGAUCACUAUCCUCCGUUUCAUGGGAGACCUCCCUGAGCCGAAGUAUCAUACAGCCAUGAGUGACGGUGGCGAGAAGAUACCAGUAAUGACAAAAAUCUAUGAGACUCUUGGGAAGAAAACCUAUAAGAAAGAACUGCAGGCUCUGCAGGGAGAAGGAGAGGUAACUGCUGCGGCUGUAAAAGAAACGCUUACUCAUAUUGAUGGGCACAAGAAGAACAGUGUGCGGCACAAACUGGUCUCCUUAACACUCAAGAAGAAAUCCAAACUGACGGAGGAGACAACAUAG